AUGAUAAUAUUGCUCGCACGAUUAACGGUGCCCAGAGGGCUGGCUAGCCAGAGACCCUUAUCAUGUCUUCGAGCAGGUAGUUUCAGAUACGCUAGUCAAAUUGCGAAAAAUAAAAUACCACGAGCAGCAACCCCACGACCCGUACCAACACCACAAUAUGCAAGCAAAAGGCCCGCAUAUCCUGAACGCUUGCUUAUCUAUCAUUCUGGGACUGGAAGAACAGUGUUUCUUGGCUGCUUGAAAGUUACAACUAUCUUCAUAUUCGUAUUUUUUACUCUAGUUGUAGCGCCAGCACAUUACUAUGCGGAGGAUGAACCUGAAUGGGUGGCGCCUGCUGUUCUACUGUCUGGAGCUGUUCCAGUGGUGUUCGUGGCAUACAUAACAUCGCCAUUUGUCAAUUACAUCCAUCUCAGAUUGCCCAAUUUUGCUCGCAACUCACGUGAUCUAUUAAUGAGAUACUCAAAAACCCCACCAAAAGAUGCACAGGUCGAUAUCACUACGAUGAACUUUGUGGGGAAACCAAGGGUGACUAGGCUCGAAAUCUCCGAAUUAAAAGCUAUAAAGCAAAGAUUUGGAGUUGUGAAUUUUUCUCGAGAUACGAGAAAGAUUAACGCCACGAGAAAAUGGUGGAUGCCAAAGGCUGUACGGGUAUUUGGGGUUCAUGGCGGAGCAGGAAGAGUAAGAGAAGGGGAGGCCUGGGAAAAUAUUGCCAAGAAAAUACGAAAGGUCUGUUGA